GGAUAGUCGUACGAAACAUUUAAGAACAACUCCAUUCGCUUUGCCAACGAUUCAAAUCGUUCAAGCACCAAGAGCAAUGACUUAUCCCAUUGGUUGGUAUUUAUCUUUCAGAUGAUUUUCUCGGCUUACUGGCGCCAUCUCACCUGCCAAGGCAUCUAAAAUGCCCGGCAGAUUGUUCUGGCACCGCAUUGAGAUGACGAGCAAAAAAUGAGAUAAAUUGCGUUAUCUUAGUCACACGUACGCACACAGUUACGUUGGGUAGAUUUUAUACUACGUUCACGUUUUCGAUGGCGCAGAAUUACGUGCGAACUACGAAGUGAUUUAUUAAUUAAUGUGAUGUUUUCUGUGGGCAAUAACGAGGUAAGAGUUUAUAAUUCCGCCUUCGGUUUCCCUUUCUGCUGAAAAGAAAGGGAAAAAAGGGAAAAGAAAAAGAGGAGACUCGCGACGACAUGCGACUUGAACGUCGACAUUCUCAACGUCGCGGUGUACUUGGUGCAGAAUUAUUAUACGUACGAAAAAAUGUGGUGUAGUAUCCAUAUAUACACGAGAGUUCGAUUAAAUGACGAAUCGAGCAUUGGGAAAGUUAUACAUACCACAAGUCGGGGAUAUCAUGUGUUAUGAACAAUGUGAUAAUUUUUUAAGACUCGUGCCUAAGAAAAUAUUUGGAUUUUGGAAGCUUUGUCGAAUGGAUCUUUGAUGCACGACGUGUGUAUUUUUGUAUGGGGAUCUGGAUUUGGGGAGUGUCUAAAGGAUUUUGGAAAAAUGACUAUUUAUUGACAAGACGAUGGCAAUGCCAAUACAGGCACCACAGUGGACUGAAUUUCUUUCUUGUCCUGUAUGCUAUCAUGAUUUCGAUGUGGCUGUACGUGGGCCUAUAUCAUUAGGAUGUGGACAUACGAUAUGCCGAACUUGUUUAGCAAAUCUCCAUCGAAAACAAUGCCCUUUUGAUCAGAGUAUCAUUAAUACGGAGAUUGAAAAGUUACCAGUAAACGAGGCAUUAUUACAAUUGGUCGGCAACUCUGUACCAAGUAACAAUGCAGCUACAUUUCAAUCACUUUUAUCCCCUGAAGAUUUUACCCAUUAUCUUGUGGCCAAGCAUUGCAUCGAGGAACUUGCAUUGUACCUCAAACCAUGUCAAGCCACGCCAAAUAACAUUACUGGCAUUGGUAUAGUAUCUAGACCAAUGCAAAGGAAGCUUGUAACUCUGGUUGGAUGCCAACUUGUAGAACAGGAAGGGAGAGCAAGAGCGAUAAGAGCGGCGCGAAGUUUAGGAGAAAGAUCUGUUACAGAAUUGAUUUUACAACAUCAAAAUCCUCAACAGUUGAGUGCUAAUCUUUGGGCUGCUGUUCGAGCAAGAGGAUGUCAAUUUCUUGGGCCUGGUAUGCAAGAGGAAGUGCUGAAACUUGUUCUUUUGGCCCUAGAAGAUGGUUCGGCUUUAUCUCGAAAAGUGUUAGUUAUGUUUGUUGUGCAGCGUUUGGAACCUCAUUUUCCACAAGCUUCGAAAACAAGUAUAGGACAUGUCGUACAACUUCUUUAUAGAGCCAGUUGUUUUAAGGUAUCAAAGCGCGAAGGCGAUUCGUCGCUCAUGCAGCUGAAAGAAGAGUUUCGGACGUACGAGGCCCUACGCCGCGAACACGAUGCUCAAAUCGUGCAGAUUGCGACGGAGGCUGGACUGCGCAUUGCCCCGGAUCAAUGGUCGGCACUUCUUUACGGCGACACAGGCCGUAAGUCUCACAUGCAAAGCAUCAUCGACAAGCUGCAGACGCCCCAAUCAUUCGCCCAGAGCGUACAAGAGCUCGUAAUCGCCCUACAACGUACCCCUGAUCCUGGCCAGCUGAGUAUUCUUAGACCGCAGCUGGAAUUGUUGGCUGCUAUAGAUCCCAGUCCAGAAUCAGAGCCACCCUCGUGGGCCGAGUGCCGAGCAGCAUUGGAGGCCAUCGAGAUCGUCCUGAGCGCCCUGGUUGAGUUCAUCCAGCAACAUGGGAGUCGGAAGUCUCAGGAAGGCGCUCACAAUAGUGGCCAAUCCAAGUACAAGGUCAGCAUGUGCCGCGAUCUGGCGCUACGCGGAUCGUGUCCACGUGCAACCAGCUGCACUUUUGCUCACAGUGACGUCGAGCUCGACAAGUAUCGCUCGAAGAGCCGGAAACUGGCUGCAAGGCCUCAGAGUCUGCCCAUAAAUGGUGGCACCGACCCAAAACCCGAUAAAGCCCUCAUCGUCUCGGCCAACCCCGUUGCCGUCAAGGGCUUUAAGCAAUCAAAGGACGCGGCCAACAACUUCAAUAAGAAUCACGAUAGCGCGCACAGGGAAAAUUUCAACCCGCUGAACAAGGGUAACGCGGUGCAGCAACCGGGCGCCAACAGUGACAGCAAUUUCAUCGGCUCGCUGGCGAGUUAUAUGCUGCCGGGGGCGCAAAACGUCUCGCGAUUAAUACCCCAGAAGGAUAUCCAGUGCGGUCAUUACAUAGUGCCAGCAGGCGCCGGACCUCUCGAUUACGCUGCGGCGAAUCUCCACCUCUGGGAUCCCUCGCAGGUCGGGCCCGCGAUUCAAGGCGCCCUACCCAACAACAACAACAACAACAACAAGAAGCAGAGAACCGCGGCUAAGACUCUGGCCGUUCUGUUGCAGCGAAGGAUGGAAAUUAUCAAUCAGCUGGAGAACAUUGUCGGCAAGCAGACGCCCACGCAGAUGAAGGCCAACUACUAUGAUAUUCAAAGUGACUCGUUGUAUCCUAACUUUUCUAUUUGGACAAACGCACCUACAAAUCAAACAAAUUCAACUGGAAAUAUUAAUUUUACCAAUAAUUUUAUUUGCAACGACUCCAUACUGUACGAUGAUGAAUUUAUACCUUUCGAUGCUUCAUCAGCUAAUAAGUAUGGUCCUAUAUCUAGAUUAUCAAAAACUAUUUUGAGACCAACAAACGGAGUUCAGCAAAAUGGUUUAUAUAACGAUGGUGUUGCAACAUCGAUUUCAUCUCUUCGACCUGUACCAGCAUCUAGUCCUAUAGCUUCACGAUUUUAUAAUCAACCUUUCACUGCUAUAAGUACAAAUGGAGGAAUGCAACAAAUUGCUAAUUCCAGUCUUAGCGAUGCCUAUAUUACUCUUAAUCGGAACUUAUCGGAGUCUGCUUCUCAAAUGCAAAUUCCUCGUCAAGAUUGUAUGUCAAAAGAUUUGAUAAUUGAGUCGCAAAAGGUAAAGCAACAAUUGAAAAACUUGGAGAAAAAGAUCAAUGAUUUAAAGCUCGCUACUCAAGGCACAACUUACAGCGAAGGUGAGCGACUAGCUCAAGAGCUACAGAUGAUUGAGGCCGGGAUUAGAGAGAAGGAAAAGGAUGUGUGCAAUUGGAGUCCAUACAGUAACAUGGCUUGGAUUCAACCCCCAGUCAAUGUAAUGACCAAUCAAAAUUCAAUUAGGGACUUUAAGCCUGAAGAGGAUGAUACGUAUGAAGCUGAUAUUGCAAACGACAUGCGAGAGUUUGAGUUAAGAUGGGAGUCAGAACUGCAGGAACACGAGAAGAUCUGGUCCAGUGAGGAGGAUGUCAAGAAAUGAUAAAAGCAUCGACGAUGCUUGCUCUUGCAAACCCAUUAGAUAUCAAACUUAAAUAGUGCACUAUUGUACUUGGUGUUGCUAUUUUUUAUUUCGGCAAAAAUUUAUUUAAUAAGGAUGAAAUUAGGAGUAUACAUGCGUUUUAGGUCGAAUGCUUAUCUAUUUCGUUUGUACAUAGUUUUGAAAAUCUCUCAGAAUUUGUAUCAUUGCGAUGAUAUGUACACAUACUUGUUAUCAUUUUCUUCUCGAAAAUCUUACUCUUGUUCCAUCAGAGUACGAAUUUAUUGUAACAUAACCUCAAUGAGGUUAAAUACUAUUAUUAAUACAGGGAUUCGUACUUUCGGAUGUGACGUCAAAACGAAAUUAGCAAAAAAUGAAUGAAGGUUAAACGAAGCCAUUGUAAUAAUUUGAAAUGUUAAUAAUUAUUUCAGUUUGGUAUUCUGCGAUAUUGACUGAAAAUGAAAUAAGUCACACGGCGUGGGAGUAUCUUUCUGUAGUCAUUGAAAAAUAGUAUAUAUAAACCUAGAAAUGAGGAAAACGUUGUUUUACAAAAACAAAAUGUGUACGUGGCUGAUGUGAAAUAGGGGAGAUUUGUUAAAAUUUAACAGAAAUUAAUCGUCAAUGUUUUAUAAACAUGACAGAGUGUAGUAUAUUUAUUUAUAUAUGUGUGCAGGUUGGGCGAAACUCAAUGAUAUCGCUGCGAUAUGUACUGGGGAACUAUAAAAACACACGUUAAUUGACCUGGAUUUAAAAGGUUAAGUGAAAAUAUAGAUACGUUUUAAGUAGAACAAAAAACAUAUAAAUGUUGAGAAUAUUAGCGAUCAACGAAUCAUAGUAUGAUGAAUAUCUUGAAAUUUCAGAAGAAUAACUUGCGUUGGUGU